UUAAAUCUCCCCAGAAAAGUUCUCAGCAUUUCAAUCCAGGAAACAUUUUGCCUCCUUUUCAGUACUUAAAAGUCUGCCUUGCAAACUGGAUGUCUUUGGGUUGAAUUUCCUCCCCAGUGUUCUCUUUCGCUGUUCGGUUUUAAUUGAAUGCAGCCAUGGGGCAGUUCAAAAGUCUUUCUGCGAGUGUUUCUCCUUUUUUAUGGCCUGCUGGCAGGCAGAAAAAACAUAAAUAUUCAGGCCCUGGGAAUUCCACCGGCAUUUUCCUGCUUUUAAUCCUUCUGCUGGUUUUGGAGGACUCGUUUGCCACAAAAGUGCAGAAGAUCCAGGAAGACACGGCUAUACCUGGUCCAACCCUUGGAGCCCACCUGGGUCUUCAAAAGCUUCCCUUUUCAUUGCCACCUCCUCACCUGCGGAAAAAACGUUACACGUUGACCCCAGGACGACUCAAAUGGGAUCAUUUCAACCUAACGUACAAAAUUCUGUCUUUCCCCAGAAACUUGAUUGGCCAAAGCCAGACCAGGAAGGGACUGACCGCAGCUUUCCGAAUGUGGAGCGAUGUCUCCUCGUUCACCUUCCGUGAAGUGUCAGUGAGUUCCCCAAGCGACCUCACAAUUGGUUUUUACCCAAUUAACCAUACGGAUUGCGUGGAAUCGCAGAUCCACCACUGUUUCGACGGGACCACGGGCGAGUUAGCCCACGCCUUUUUCCCGCAGACAGGAGAGAUCCAUUUUGACGAUCACGAGUACUGGAUCGUAGGGGACACUCGGUUCAGCUGGAAAAAGGGAGUCUGGCUGACAGACCUGGUUCACGUGGCUGCCCACGAAAUUGGCCACGCCUUAGGUCUUAUGCACUCCCUGGAUCCCAGUGCCUUGAUGCACGUCAACGCAACCUUGACGGGCAAGAACACAAUCUCCCAGGAUGAGAUGUGGGGGCUGUACCGGCUUUAUGGCUGCAAAGACCGAAUGUUUAUCUGCCCGUCGUGGAGUCGGAAGGGGUACUGCCGAACACGCCAAAGGUUUAUGAAAAAGCAGUGUCCGUACAGCUGUGAUUUUUGCUUGGCGUUCCCUUUCCCGACGGUGAUACCCACCCCGCCGCCUCCGAGGAUGAAGACAAGGCUGGUCCCCGAAGGCCGGAAUGUUACUUUCCGAUGUGGGCAGAAAAUCAUUCACAAAAAGGGGAAAGUUUAUUGGUACAAGGAGAAGGAAUUGCUAGAAUAUUCCUAUCCUGGCUACCUGUUUCUGAAUGGCGACCACAUGAGCAUCAUCGCCAACGCCAUCAACGAAGGGACGUAUACGUGCAUCGUGAAGAAGAAGUCCAAAGUCUUGACCACAUAUUCUUGGAGAGUCAGGCUGAAGCGUUAACAUGGACGGUCUGCAAGGACUUACAGACACCCCCCCCCAAGUCACUCUGUGUGGGUUCACUUCCUCACCUCUGUUGUCGUAUUCCACUUUUAACAACCGAUCCGUAGUCACAAAACCCAGAUUUCCCAGGUUGUCCCCUUCCAGAAGGAGACUGCGGAAAUACUGAUUUCUUCCUUGCAUUUUUUUUUCUUGGCCAAGCCUGCUGGAGAUGAUAGGAUAUAUAGUCGAAGUCAUAAAGGGGUCCAAGAGGAGGAGAAAUAGGCUACAACAUGAGCUAAAAGAAAUGCUUUUUUUUUUUUUAAAGUUGCUAAUAUUCUUUAGGAACCAUUUUACACUUAUAUUUUCAGCUACAUUUUGCUACAAUCUGGAUCCUGGUGCUCUUGUCAUCGAGGUUGUUUUAUUAAAUUUUUACUUUCCUCUCAUUCAAGAUGGCAUAUAUAACAUCCCUCCUCCAAUUUUCCCCAACAAUAAACAUCUUAUAGUGUAGGUUAGGGAUCUGGGAUCUCUUCAGAACAGAGGUGCAGAGAACAUUUUAGCCAAGGCCUUCAUUAUUCUACAAUUCAGUAAAAAGAUCCCGGCAUAUCACGAAUUCCUGGGCUGCGUUAUUUCAGCCAAACAGACCUUACACAAAACAGUUUUUUAAGUUUCACGCACUACGUAAGAUUAGAGAUCAUAUACUCUUUCCAAAUUACAAGCUAGAUUUUCUGCCCUGUUUAGGGAGCCACGUCAAGAAAGGAAGGAUUAAAAGAAAAAUUCCUACGUUCAACCUUUGCAUCUGUUACACUUUUUUUUUUUUUUUUUACUUGGGUCAACAGAAAGAAUUUGCCAGCUCAGGUAUAGUUCCUGGAAAUGUACAGGACAGUUGAUCCUUAAGGAAUUUCACCAGAAAUUUACCCUUUUUGUCCUUCUGCUCAAAUAAAGCAUUUCCGUACUGAUA